GCUAUGAUUAGGGGUGGGCCUGAUACCUUCCGAACGCGCUCACGUACAGACAGGACUAGGCUGCUGUCGGUGACCGGCGGGUUGUCAGGUGCAGCCCAGCGAGCGAACCGGUAUGUAAAUCCUUGCUGUACGGCCGUAUUGCUUCUGUUCGUGUUAUUCCCAUAGCAGCUGUCAGGGCGUAUCAUCCAACCGCACUCAAUCAUCAUGGCUUUCAGUAAAGGAUAUCGGAUCUUUCACAAAUUGGAUCCACCCCCGUUCAGUGUCAUUGUGGAGGCAAGAAACCGAGAGGAGUGUCUUAUGUUUGAGUCUGGAGCAGUUGCAGUUCUGUCAUCUGCUGAAAAAGAAGCAAUAAAGAACAGUUACACUAAAGUUAUGGAUGCGUAUGGUUUGCUGGGAGUCCUGAGAUUAAAUCUUGGAGAUACCAUGUCAUAUUAUCUAGUGCUGGUAACUGGGUGUAUGUCAGUAGGCAAAAUCCAAGAUUCUGAGGUCUUCCGGGUGACUUCCACCGAGUUCAUUUCACUGCGAAUGGAUCCUAUGGAUGAGGAUCGCAUGUCAGAAGUGCGGAAAGUAUUAAAUUCUGGCAGUUUCUAUUUUGCUUGGUCUUCUACCGGAGUUAGCUUAGAUCUCAGCCUCAAUGCUCACCGAAGCACUCAGGAGCACAGAACAGACAACAGGUUUUUCUGGAACCAGUCUCUUCAUUUGCACCUAAAGCAUUAUGGCGUAAACUGUGAUGAAUGGCUGCUACGUCUAAUGUGUGGUGGAGUGGAGAUUAGGACUAUUUAUGCUGCGCACCAGCAGGCCAAAGCCUGUAUUAUUUCCCGUCUCAGCUGUGAAAGAGCAGGUACUAGGUUCAACGUACGAGGAACAAAUGACAAUGGCCAAGUUGCUAACUUUGUGGAAACCGAACAGGUUAUAUAUCUUGAUGAUUGCGUCUCUUCCUUUAUACAGAUUCGUGGUUCUGUGCCUCUGUUUUGGGAACAACCGGGCUUGCAAGUGGGAUCGCACCGUGUUAGAAUGUCAAGGGGAUUUGAAGCCAACGCACCAGCUUUUGAUAGACAUUUUCAGACUUUGAAGCGGCUUUAUGGGAAACAAUUUAUAGUGAAUUUACUAGGGUCAAAGGAAGGCGAGAGCAUGUUGAGUAGAGCCUUUCAGAAUCAUUUAAAGGCCUCGGAGCACUCAGCAGCUAUCCAGAUGAUGAAUUUUGACUAUCAUCAGAUGGUCAGAGGGGGAAAAGCAGAGAAGCUGCACAGUGUUUUGAAGCCUAAAGUUAACUCUUUCUUGGAGGAAUGUGGAUUUUUCUUUCUUGACAAGAAUGGAGUUCAAAGGACUCAAAGUGGUACUACUAGAACCAACUGCCUUGAUUGUCUGGAUAGAACCAAUAGUGUCCAAGCAUUCUUAGGUCUAGAGAUGCUGUUAAAACAGUUAGAAGUUCUAGGUUUGGCUGAAAAACCACAACUAGCUACACGUUUCCAAGAAGUAUUUCGUUCCAUGUGGUCAACAAAUGGAGACUCAAUAAGCAAGAUUUACGCAGGCACCGGUGCCUUGGAAGGGAAGGCUAAGGGUGGAAAGCUGAAAGAUGGAGCACGAUCUGUAACGAGAACCAUUCAGAAUAAUUUUUUCGAUGGCUCCAAACAAGAAGCAAUAGAUGUUUUGCUUCUGGGAAAUACCCUAAAUAGUGAUUUAGCUGACAAAGCAAGGGCACUUCUGACCACUGGAAGUUUGCAUGUGUCAGAACUGAUGCUGCAGUCAGCAUCUCCAAGAGUACUUCGAUGUAUGUGUGAGAAUUAUUAUAGGUAUGCAAAGCCGAGGAAAAUCCGUAUCUGUGUCGGCACUUGGAAUGUCAAUGGUGGGAAGCAAUUCCGAAGCAUUGCUUUCAAAAAUUCAACACUGACCGACUGGCUGUUAGAUGCACCAAAAAUUGCCGGUAUUCAGGAAUUCCAAGAUAGACGGAGCAAGCCAGUUGAUAUAUUUGCCAUUGGAUUUGAAGAAAUGGUUGAAUUAAAUGCCGGAAACAUUGUUAAUGCUAGCACCGCAAACCAGAAGCUGUGGGCUACAGAAUUACAGAAGACCAUAUCUAGAGACCAUAAAUAUGUACUCCUAGCAUCAGAACAGCUUGUAGGUGUGUGCCUCUACAUCUUCAUUAGACCCCAGCACGCACCGUUUAUAAGGGAUGUUGCAGUUGAUACUGUUAAGACUGGGAUGGGUGGCGCUACAGGAAACAAAGGUGCUGUUGCCAUACGAAUGCUAUUGCACACGACCAGCCUGUGCUUUGUCUGUAGCCACUUUGCAGCCGGGCAAUCUCAAGUCAAAGAGAGAAAUGAAGACUAUAAUGAAAUAGUCCGAAAACUCAGUUUUCCAAUGGGCAGAAUGCUGUUUUCCCACGACUAUGUAUUCUGGUGCGGAGACUUUAAUUAUCGGAUUGAUUUGCCAAAUGAAGAGGUUAAGGAAAUGAUCCGAAAUCAGAACUGGGAUUCUCUUGUUUUAGGGGAUCAACUGAUCAACCAGAAGAACAGUGGGCAGGUUUUUCGUGGGUUUCAGGAAGGAAAAAUCAAUUUUGCACCUACGUACAAGUAUGAUCUGUUCUCAGAUGACUAUGACACGAGUGAGAAGUGUCGUACUCCAGCAUGGACAGACCGCGUCCUCUGGAGAAGAAGGAAAUGGCCUUUUGAUAGAUCAGCUGAAGAUUUAGAUCUUCUAAAUUCAAGUUUACAAGAAGGAAGAAAUUUUCCAUAUACCUGGAAUCCAGGUACUUUACUGCAUUAUGGCAGAGUCGAGCUGAAAACUUCAGAUCACAGGCCAGUUGUGGGUCUAAACGAUAUAGAUAUAUUUGAAACUGAUGGAGAAGAGCGGCAGAAAAUUUAUAAGGAGGUGAUUGCAUCCCAGGGCCCACCGGAUGGCACAGUUAUGGUCUCUAUAGAGAGCAGUUCACCUGAAGGGAACUAUUUUGAUGAUAACUUGAUUGAUGAGUUGCUCCAGCAGUUUGCAGGCUAUGGAGAAGUCAUACUUAUAAGGUUCGUUGAGGACAAAAUGUGGGUCACCUUUCUGGAGGGAGGCUCAGCACUUGCUGUUCUAGGCUUAAAUGCUAUUGAGGUACAGGGAAAAACAAUCCAUAUUCAGUUGAAAAACCCUGACUGGAUGGUAGAGUUGGAAGAGCAAAUCAAUUUGGAACGAAUAAGUUUAAAUUUGCCUUCUUCGACCAGCUCGACACUUCUCGGAGAAGAUUCAGAAAUUUCUGCAGACUAUGACAUGGAAGGAGUAAUGGAAUGCACAACCCAUUACCUGUUAUGUGCCUCCUCAGGAGAUGUUGAUGAUUACAGUGCAGAAGUAGAAGAAAUUCUUCCCCAGCAUUUACAGCCGUCUUCAUGUUCUACUCUGGGAUCAUCCCCUAGCUCUUCUCCACGCUCAAGCCCCUGUCCGUCACCAACAAUGCCUGAAGGCCCUCCUCCAUCACUCCCUGUACGUCCAAGUCGUGCCCCUCAGAAAACUCCAGGACCCCCUGGGUCUUCAUCUCAAGCAUCUGCAUCUGAAUUUCAACCAGUGGUACAACAGAAUGUAUCGUUAACUCUAGAACCAAAGCGCCCACCGCCUCCCCGCCCUGGUGUGCCACCUGCACGUCCAGCACCACCGCAGCGUCCACCUCCUCCAUCAGGGGCAAGGAGUCCAGCGCCAGUUAGAAAGGAAGUUGGAGGAGCUCCUCCAAGCCCAGGAGUAGCUCGGAGAGAUGCGGAAGUAAGAGGCCAGACUCCUUUACAGAUGGGACCCCCAGCAAAUGCCCCGUGCAGCUCCGUUAGACCGACCAUUCCUCCACGUGCUGGUGUUAUUAGUGCUCCACAAAGCCACGUUCGGCCAGUUCCAGCUCGAUCAACCCCUGAAGUAUCAAACAAGCCCAAUGAACCUGCAAGAGGUGGUUUGCUACUUCCUGAGCCCAUGAAGCCUCAACCUGCAGCUCCUCUUCAGUCCAGUCCAACUUCCCAACCACCCUGCCAAAAGCUGCCUGAACCUAUCCUACCUACAGCAGUACAGGCCACAUCCCAGACUCCACCCUUACAACAGAACCUAGACUCUCCUCCACUGCCUCCUCCAAGGAGCCGCUCCUCCCAGAACCUGCCCUCUGACCAAAAUGCUUCCCAGCAGCAUCAAGCAAAUGGAGGCUUUAAUAGCCAGUUUGACAAUGGUCCUUUUGUGGACUUUUCAUUUGAUCACCUUCCAAAUUCCAAGCUUCAGGCUCCGGUUCUCAUAUCCUCCUCAAGCCAAAAGGAGUCAUUUAAGUUGCCUUCUGCUCCACAAAAUAAUUUGAGUGGCGUAAAUUGCAUGGCUACAUUGCCACCUAUCCCAGCUCGUACAGGACUCCAAGACAGCACUCGCAUUUCACCGAACCCUUUUGUAAAUAGGGUCAACUCCAUCAGCCCGACCAACCCAUUCACAGAGAGAUCCUCUAAUGUUGGUAAUCCUUUUGCCAUCCCAGAAAUACCCACAAAUAAUCCACCGUCACUUCAAACAAGAACUUUAGAUCAGUUAAGUUCUCCCAGUGAACCUGAACUUCUGAACAGCAAACCAACCUUUACCCUGGGUCCUAUUGAAAAAAGCCUUUCACUACCGAACAAGUCGUUCUUGUUUACUGACGCCAGUCAGAAAGGUUGGAUAACAUUUGAUGAGGAUAACUUCACCGGCAAAAUCAACAUGCUGCCUGUCAACGGUUCCGUGAUGGAGCACGUUAGUUCGGAAAAUGAUCUGCUCCAGUUGGGGUUUAAUAAUGACUGGAGUGCCGCCUCCACUGCUUCCUCCAAUACUUUGCCGCUAAGGAAGCCCCCUGCUGUACCACGUGUUCCACCUCGAACAAAACUUGAACAGCCAUCCACCAAAUUCCCACCAAAUAAGUCACCAACACUAGAGUUUACAGAUCGGUAAUGUGUCGCUAUGCCUGUGUGUUUACAAUAAAAAUAUAUCUUUGUUAAA